AUGGGAUGCGGUUCAGCGAAACCAUCUGAUGUUAAUAACCCUCAAUACAUCAAUGACAAAUCUCAAUUGCGUGUGACAUCUCUAAAUUUGGUAACUGAAAAGAUCGGACAGAUUUCGUAGGAUUAUCAUCUUCUCAAACCUUCCUUAGGAAAAGGAGCCUAUGGAGAAGUUCGAAAGGGCAUCCACAAAUUGACCAAUCAAACUAGAGCUGUGAAAAUUAUCUCCAAAGAAAAGGCCAAAAAGGCUGAUAUGGAACGUUUAAAGGAAGAAGUCGACAUCCUCAAAAGAUUGGAUCAUCCAAAUAUUAUAAAGAUCUAUGAAUUUUAUCAGGAUAAUAAAAACAUGUAUAUAGUGACAGAACUGUGUACUGGAGGAGAGCUCUUUGACAAGAUCUAAGAAUCCAGUUCAUUUUCAGAACGCAAAGCAGCAGAAACUAUGAAACAAAUCUUGAGUGCUGUCAAUUACUUGCAUAAAAGCAAAAUAGUUCAUCGUGACAUCAAGCCAGAAAACAUUCUAUACGAAUCUUCUAAGCCUAAUGCCCUACUCAAAAUUGUCGAUUUUGGGACAUCUCGCUUUUACGAUCCAGAUGUAAAAAUGGAUCAAAAACUUGGAACUCCAUACUACAUUGCACCUGAAGUAUUGGAAAGGAAAUAUGAUGAAAAAUGUGACAUUUGGUCCUGUGGAGUCAUACUUUAUAUUCUACUCUCUGGAACAGCCCCUUUUAAUGGUGAUGACGAUAAUCUAAUAAUGGAGGCCGUGAAAAGAGGGUUCUACUCAUUCGACACAGAAGAAUGGAGGUUGAUUUCAGUCGAAGCCAAAAGAUUGAUAUCAAAAAUGCUUGAGAGAGAUCCCAAAAAAAGGAUAUCUGCUGAAUAGGCCUUAUAAGAUGAUUGGAUUACAACUUAUGUGAAGAAACCAGAAAUAGAUCUACCUUAAUUGACUAGAGUGUUAAAUAACAUGAAAAAUUUUAAUGUUGAAAAGAAGUUCUAAGAAGCUGCUCUUACAUUUAUGGUCAAUUAUUUAGCAACUAGUUAAGAAAAGUAGGAAUUAUUGACAUAAUUUUAAGCAUUAGAUUUGAAUGGAGAUGGCAGACUAAGUAGGGAAGAACUAGUUAUAGGUUAUUCUAAAGUUAUGAGCUAUACUGAUGCUGAAAUUGAAGUUGAUAAAUUAAUGAAGCAAAUUGAUCAAGAUGGCAAUGGUAGCAUUGAUUAUUCUGAAUUUGUUUUGGCUACUUUUAAUAAAGUAAAAUUGAUAGAAGAUAAAAGAUUGGAAUAAGCAUUUAAAUUGUUUGAUAAGGAUGGAAGUGGUACCAUAUCUAUUGAUGAAAUCAAACAGAUAUUUGGACAAAAUUCUUAGGUCUCAGAAAAAGUCUGGAAGGAUCUAAUAUAAGAAGUUGAUUAAAAUGGAGAUGGAUAAAUCGAAUUUAAAGAAUUCAAAGAAAUUAUUGUCAAAGCUAUUUAAAAUACUAAUGAUACUGAUGACAAGAAAUGA